GUACCCAAGACAGGUGAAAAUCUAUAGCAAAAUUCCUCAGUUUUAGACAACGCCCUGACCGAGUCAGGUGGAAAAUGAAGUGAUUGUCUCAGUGUUGAAUAAAAUAAGAAGAAAAAAAGUGAGAUAAGGGAAAAAGGGAAAAAAGUAGUUUCCUAGCAAAAGUCUCUGAGUUUUGGUGUAAAUAAUUUAUAGACUUUACAGUGGAGGACAUGAGGCUGAAAAUCCUCCUAGUGACUUUAUGUUGUCUCACCUUGUUGUCCUCAUGCAGUGUAUUAGGACAGAGUGAACAUGAGGACGACGUAGAAGAGGUGGAGACUAUUGAUAAGGACAUUCUCGAAAGUCCCCCUGAACCUCUCGAGACAACCUCACAGCAGGAUGAGUUGAUCGAUGAGGAUGAAACGGACGAUGAUGAUGACUAUGACACAGCAUCGGACCAACCCGAACCAGCACAGGAUGACUUUGAGGAUCCCAUGCCAGUGGACACCAUCGUCAAUGAGGAUACAGUGAAUGUGGACAAAAUUCGUCCACGGACCAGUAAAUCCGGAAAUUACUACCUCUACGACGAUUACCUGUCCAGCAACCUGGACAUGGAUGACUCAAAUUACAAUUGGGAUCCAAACAAUCGCGUAGCCCCGAGUGAGCCUAAAACACAUCGAAAUGAUGGACAGGGCUAUGUAAUAUCACCUGCUAGACUGGCAGAAAUUCGACGACACUUUAUGUACUGGUUCUUCGAUCAGGGUGGUGACAACAAUCAUGGAGACUAUCAAACAGAUAUUCAUGCAUCUAUGCCACAGUUGCAUAAAAAUUUCAAUUUUCAGCUUCCAUUCUUUGGCUUCAGAUUCAAUUACACGAGAGUUUCUAUGCAUGGUCAUUUGGAAUUUUCCGAUCCACCAGAACAUUUUACAUACCCAUUAACUUUUCCCAUCAAAGACUGGCCACGACGCAAUGACCCUUCCUUUAUUGGAAUCUUUUUCUCAAAGUGCCGCAUUGGAAAAAUGAGACCAACUGAUUUCGAUCAGAGAGUUCCUGGCGUCUAUUUCAGAAUGGAACGUGAUUUGCAGACACGUACAGAUCGAUUUGGUGUGGAAGUGCGUGAACGUGUGAUGUGGGAUAUUCGAGAGGGUGUCGUCGGAUCUGACACAUUUAUCCCCAAACAUGCUGUCAUCAUCACCUGGAAGAAUAUGUCAUUUGCCGGAGGAAUUGAUAUUUCACUCCACAGGACCAAUACGUUCCAAAUGGUACUGGCCACUGAUGAAGUGUACACAUAUGCAAUUUUCAAUUAUGCCGAGAUAAAUUGGUCCUCACACACGGAAGCUGGCGGUGAUACGACGGGUGGUGAAGGUGGUGUACCAGCUUAUAUUGGAUUCAAUGCCGGCAACGGGACACAGUCAUAUGAAUACAAACCCUAUAGUCAGGCAUCGGUGCUUCGAGACUUGACAGGACGUGGAUGGGCUAAUGGUUUUCCGGGCAGGCACAUUUUCCGCAUAGACGAGCGAAUUAUGCUGGGGACGUGCAAUAAAGAUAUUGAUGCUGCCCACUUGCCCCUGGUCUUUGCACCAGAGUCGGGAAAUAUGUUGGGUGGGACUGUGGUUAACAUUACUGGACCAUGCUUCAAUGAGAAUGAAAGAGUGUCCUGCCGCUUUGAUACAGAAGAGGUGAUUGGACACUUCGUUGACCGGAAUCGUGUCAUAUGUGUUCAGCCAUUCCUAAUGGCCCAAGGGUACAUUCGUUUCGAAAUCUCUGUAGGCACGGAGAAGUAUAAAUGGCGUGGGAGGUACUUUGUAGAAACACCCGCAACGGCGACUGAUAGAAUUUUCUUUGAGACUCAGGAUGUAUAUCAAAAGGCACCUCCUGAAGUGAAAAUAACGUGGAAUCGAUUUAAUUUAACGACCAACUUGAAUGCUGGAGUGAGAAUAUCGCUCUGGGGCUACAGAGAGAGUACAAUUCGGCCACAAUUGGAGUAUAUUGAUAUGAUUGAGGAAGGUAUAACAAAUCAGGGUUACUAUACAAUUGCACCAGCUAAUUAUCGUUUGAGAAACAAUCCCCGAAAUGUUGAUAUGCAAUUUGGAUUCAUUAUGAUUAAUCUCACAAAUCCUGAACAUUUCUCUGGUUUGAGAAUUUCACCGGUUCUGUGGUCUAAACCCAUUCCUCUGGGUUGGUACUUUGGACCUCAAUGGGAGAGAAUUCAUGGGAGAAAUUGGCCUAGAGCUCUAUGCGACAAUUGGUUGAGGACCGAUCGAUUCUUGAGGAACUUCCCUGCUGAAAUUGCCGUCUGUCCUUGCCAUUUGGAUCAUGCCCUCAAUGACAAAGGUCGAUUCAUGCCUGACCAUGAUUGCGACAAAGAUUCCAAUCCAGCCUGUCUUCACCAUCGGGGAGCAAUUCACUGUGUUCGAACUGGUCAGCCUAGCUUGCAGGGUUCGGAACAGCAGUGUUGCUACGAUCGUAAUGGCUUCCUUAUGCUCUCGCACGAUCAGAUGUGGGGUUCAAGACCUAGGCGAACCCACAAUAUCGGACAAUUGCCCUGGAAUGAGGCUAACAAAGUUCCCACUCUAUCGACUUGGUUCCACGACGUUAGGCCCUACUACUCAUGCUGCUACUGGCAAGAUGAACAGGCUGUAGGAUGUGAAACUCUCAGGUUUGAACGAAGACCUUCCCAGGACUGUGUAGCCUAUCAAGCUCCAGCUGUGGGAGGAGUCUUUGGGGAUCCUCACAUCAUCACCUUCGACAAUGCCCACUACACAUUCAACGGAAUGGGCGAAUUCGUUCUGGCUCGUGUCAAUACCGGUCGAGAACGCCUCGAUGUCCAGGGUAGAUUCGAACAAGUUCAUCCCAAUGUCUUUGGUCCAGUGAAAGCCACGCAUCUCACAUCAGUAGCAGCUAGAGGAAACACCACCACAGUCAUUGAAGUUAGGCUGAGACCUAAGCACGCUCAAUGGCGCUACCGACUGGACGUUUUCGCUGACGGACGUAGGAUCUACUUCGACAGGCCCAGUCUCAAAUUCCAGCACUUCCACGGAGUCACUGUCUACACACCCAGCUACAUCCUCAAUCAAUCGGAAGUAGUGAUUAUGUUUGAUUCGGGAGCCGGGGUGGAAGUUGUGGAAAAUGCAGGUUUUAUGACGUGUCGAGUGUACCUACCAUGGACGUUUAUAAAUCGCACGAGAGGUUUACUUGGAAAUUGGAGUUGGGACAUACAGGAUGACUUUACGUUACCAGAUGACACGAUAGUGGGGAUUAAUUUGAAUAAUUUCGAGAGCAUUCACCGAGACUUUGGAUUGAGAUGGGCGCUAGCAGAUCGAGAGCAACCGGGAAUAGGUGCGGCACUUUUUACGCGAGAAUUUGGACGAACUUCGAGUUACUUUUCCAAUGCCUCAUUCAUUCCCAACUUUAUACGGGAGCCAAGGGACUUCCUGCCACCCAAUCGAACGCAUGAUGUGGAGCGAGCACACGAGUUAUGUGGCGAAAGCUAUCAAUGUCGAUUUGAUUUUGGCAUGACGCUAAAUCGCGAGAUGGCUCAUUUCACCAAGAAUUACUACGAUAGUAUCGUAAAUAUUCGGGAUCAGAAUCAACGGCAAAUUCUCUCAUGUGGCAUCCUACCGACACCUCGUUUUGGCAGAAAAUCAAACUUCCAAUUCGUACCCGGAUCGAGGGUGUCGUUUGAGUGCAAUGAGGGCUUCUUUUUGAUUGGAGACAGCCGUCGUGUAUGUCAAGCCGAUGGCAGAUGGGAUGUCCCUGUUCAUGGCUAUACUGAGUGUCUACGCGAGGUGUUCUACACUCGUCGUACCGCUUGGAUAACAACGGGCAUUGUUCUUGCGGUUAUUGCGCCACUUUUAAUGUGCCUUGUAUGUGGCGUAUAUUGCUAUCGAAAGAAGCAAUUGAAAGAGGAUCCAAAUUGGAAGAUGCCACUGCCAUCGCGUUCUGGCUCACGGGCUAGCAUUAGGCAUUUGAACAGUGAUGGAAGCGACAUGGACGGUGGGGAUACGCUAAAGAAGAGCCGAAGCUACGACAAAGUGUACAGGACGCAUGAACCGUUGGAGGGUAAGCCAAACAUUGACUUUCCAGAGAAGAAGUGGGAUCUGGAUGAUGAGGAUGUGACAUCGUCGGAAGGUAGUGAUUUGAAAGAUACGAAAAUAGCUAAAGAUAUACAGUACGUAUCAAAUACAGGAGACAGACCGAGACAGUUAGGACGGAGAAAUAUGCGAAUGGGUGGCAUUGAGGAGGAGAAUAAUGCACAGUCUUUCCCACCGCCACCCGUUGAUUCACCAACACCAAUCAGCCCUGGCUACAGUCCCACCUAUAGUGGCCUCGAUCGCAACAGCAGCUUCAUGAAUGAGCAGCAGCCACCACCACCACCUCAAACAGGCCCAGCAAGACCACCUAGUGGAGCUGUCCGUGUUCUUCCUGGACCCGGACCAGCGUCUCCCUCUCCGCCAGACCAAUUCCUAACGUUCUCGGGGCCAUCGUCGCCACAACCACCGCCCCAGGAUGUUGGUCUGCCACGGGUCAACGCCAAGGCGACCGAGGUGUGAGUCUGAGGUCAUGACCAUCACCUCGGCACCAACCCUACUUAUAGUCCCCCCUUUUUUUACACCUUCACACAUUUUACUGUAAGCAUAUUAAAAGCCAAUUGUUAGAAUUUAGAAAGGACACCAGAUACUUGUGCCACACAAGAUUCAUCCCUAAGAUACGGUUACCAAGUAAGGACAUCACAAAAAAAAAUCCACAAACAUGUUGCAUGCAGGAAACUUAAAGGGUUUUCUGUGGAUCAAAAAUCAUGAACAGACCGGAGAUUUAAAUUCUGAUACCGAAAAACUAAUUUCCUGACAUAUAAAUUUUUAUUAUAUCUCUAACUAAGAUUUUUUUUCAUUUAGUUGUUAUCACAAUAGCACAAUCUAUAUUUUCAAUAUUUCGAAUUCUUCCCUAAUCCCCCAAAAAUUCUAUGCUCUAUUUCCUAACAAAUUUUAGCAGAUAAAUCUACCAUGACCACAUUUUAUAAUCAAUACGAGAGAACAUCACUCUUUUGUCGUCCCAUCGCAAUGCAAUAGUGUCAUAUUCACUGUACUUUAUAUAAAUUUGUAGAUGAAAAAAUCAACAAACUUUGUCACUAAAUAAAUAAAAUAGUCGAUAUAGUUUAUGUCAUUUAUUGAAA